AUGUUAGAUAAUAUAAUAAAAGAUAUGCAACAACAUCCAGAAGGACAACGAAUGCUGGUGAUAGGGGCAAAACAUGCUAAAACACGAGCAAGGACAUUGGACUCUCGAGGAGCAACUAUAACUCUAACGGAACCAUAUCCCUCAGAGCAUCGUUUAGGCAAGAAAGAAAAGGCAUAUUAUCUAUUAUUAUCAGAGAAUUGAGAAAAAGUGAAGCAUCGUUGGAGGACCUAUUAA